UCUUCUUCAAUUGAAGGUAUUUUACUUGAUGGUUGGUAAAGGAUUGGGUUUUUAUUCAGCAGUUAAAAUAUUCAUUUCAUCUUCUUAAUUUCUCUUCGUAACGUAAACAUUACAAAUUAGGAAGUAUGGGAAAGCGUUAAAGGGCUUAUCACGAAUAAUGACUGAUAAGAAGUUUUGAAUCAGUUUUGAGUCAUAAUGGCGACAGGAAAGACGUCCACAAAGCCUCCCCAGCCUCCUAAGCCAGUCAGAAGGCCAGGAAAAGUCAAAGUUGUGAGAGCACUGUACAAUUACACAGCUCAACAUGCAGAUGAGCUGUCUUUCGAGGAAGGUCAGUUGCUGUAUGUUCACGAUCUUGACACAGAUCCAAACUGGUGGAAGGCAAAGUGUGGGGAGAAGGAGGGGUUGAUACCCUCUAAUUAUGUUGAAGAGCAAAUGGAGCAAGUGGAGUUACCCCUCCAUGAAGCAGCCAGACGAGGGAACAUCUCAUUUCUCCUCGAGUGUCUGAGGCAGGGGGUGUCUCCAACAGGCUUGGAUUCUGCUGGCAAUACUCCUCUCUACUGGGCAGCACGUACAGGCCACCUUGACUGUGUGAGACACCUUCUAACUCUGCAUAACACUGGAAUCAAUGCUCAAAACAAAAUGGGAGAUUCUCCAUUGCACGUAGCAUCAGCCCAUAACCACCUAGACGUAGUGAAUCUCCUCCUGGACUCAGGGGCGACUCCAGCCCUGAGGAACAACGACAAAUUACUAGCUGAGGAGUUGACGACAGACCCAGCAAUCAUCAACUCCAUCCAAAUGAGUCAGCGGAAUUGCGAUAGGGAUUACGGAUACAAUGCUGAGGACUACAAUGACGACAGUGAUUGAUUAGUGACAAGAAUCUCCUAUUUAUUAACAGCCAAAACGAAGUACAAUCAACCAAAUGAAUAACUGAGUGUUGAGUGUUUUCCGAUCGUCAAUCGAGUAUUUAAUAUCUUUUAUAGAACUUGUUGAACAAUAUCCACAAUAAAUACUGUAUUUUUACGGUUA